AUGGAAAAGAAAAAUACGUGUUUAUGUCCUGAUUGUAAACCUUUGAACACCGAGGAAAAUGGAAAUGAAAUAAUCAAGACAAACGAAGACGACACCACAAAUACUCAUACUCGUCCAUCUAAAGAGAUACCAGGUGGCUUACAAAAAGUAAAUGAGAUGUAUGCAUAUAAAAUUCCAACGCGUCCUGUUCCUCCUCAUUUCAUGGAGAUGGAAAAUACAGAUAAGUACCUGAAGAAAGGUUAUACAGGACAUAUACCUUGUUUGAACAAUUUCCAUGGCGCUACAAACUCUUCUAUCACCAAUGAGGCGCUGAAGUUGUUCACUUCACGUUACGAGAAGGAAAAGGCGAACUUGAAACUACCGACUAUAGCCGGCACCUUAGCUCCAAAACCAAAAAUGGUUUCUCGUAGAUUACCAUAUGAAGCAGGAAUUAUUAAGAAUUAUGCAGGGCAUAUACCUGGAUCUAUGUUUAAUGUGGGAGAAACAUUUAGCGUGGGAUCCAAGAGCACUAGGAUUAUUCUCGGAAUGAAUAACUAA